UGUAAACACUAUAAGUUGGUAUACGGGUUCGGCGGACGGUGUGUGCUCUCAUUAUCCAAAGAUAUUGUCUUCAAUAACAAGUUACUUAUUCCAGAAAGCGAGUGCAUUAAAGUCCGAAGUUGAGUGUUAACAUUGUGAUUCCAUUGAAUUUCAUAAAAUAUGCUGUCCCCAAUCAAAAGUCUUUUAAACUGUAAAAGAAUAUUCCUGGCAAGUGGUUCACCCAGAAGACAAGAGCUUAUCAAGAACAUUGGUGUAAAUGUUGAGCUGUGUCCAUCGUUAUUCGAAGAGAACUUAGAUCCGAAGAGUUUUUCUGGAUUUUCGGAGUUUGUAGAAGCAACUGCUCUGGGCAAAGUCGCUGAAGUGUUUGAUCGACUUCAAUCGGAUAAUACAGCGGUGGACAUUGUUAUUGGUGCCGACACUGUGGUGACAUUAAAUGGAAGAAUUUAUGGCAAACCGAAGACAAAACAGGAGGCUUUCGAUACGCUGACGGAGCUGGUAGGCAAAUCUCACAUUGUGUAUACUGGAGUUGUGAUCAAGUAUGGCCAAAGAAUAGUUAAAUUUACGGAAACCGCUACUGUUCAAUUCGGUAAAGCCAACUCUGAACAAAUUCAGGCGUACGUAGAUACUGGGGAACCGAUGGAUAAAGCUGGAAGCUAUGGCAUUCAGGGAGUUGGAGGUACGUUAGUGGAAAGAAUUGAUGGCGAUUUCUUCACAGUCAUGGGACUUCCGCUAUACAGGUUAUCGGUGGCGUUACUUGAACUAUUUGAUUACAACAUCGACAAAUGAAUAAACGAAAUAUGCUGAGCAUAUCAUUCCAAA